GCUUGCAUUCUAGCUUGCAGGAUACACACUCUAGCCUGUAUAAGUGUACACACUCUAGCCUGUAUGCAGCUUGCAUUCGAGCUUGCAGAGCAUACUCUUGCCUGAAUACUAUAAGUGUACAUACUCUGCCUGUAUGCAAGCUUGCAUUCUAGCUUGCAGGGUACACAAUCUAGCCUGUAUACUAUAAGUACACACUCAGCUUGUAUGCAAGCUUGCAUUCUAGCUUACGUACAGCAUAUACUCUUGCCUGUACAAGCUUGCAGAGCUUGUGUAUACGGUAUACAAGCUUGCAGAGCUGGAAUGGCAGAAGAUGGGAGCUGUGAUGUCACAAAUCAAGUUUCACUGUGGGAGAAGAUCAUUAAAAUGGCUGAAAUCAAAAUAGAGCUGGAAGAGGAACAGGAUGUUGUCCCGUUACUAAGAGAAUUAGGUAAUCUAGAAGUACCUCUUGCCCCACCAGCCCUGCCCGCUCUUGCCCUGCCCGCUCUUGCCCUGCCCGCUCUUACCCUGCCAAUUCUUGCCCUGACAGCUCCUGCAGAGGCAAGUGCAGAGGCACAAAAUGAACUCUGGAGGCAAACGUUUGCCGAAUCAGCAUCUUCUACACACAGAGAAGAAAUCAAUAGCCUGAAAAGGAGGGUUGCAGCUUUGGAGGAGGAGGUUGCCGAAAAGGACAAGAUAAUUGCAGCUAUAAAACAGGCCAGGCAGGGAACCCUCUUCACUGAAGAUAUCACCCCAAAGAAAAGGAGACUGAUAAGAGCAAUCAGUGAUUUGGUCUGUGGCCAAUCUGUGAGCAGCACGACUUGCUCACCGACGCACUUUGAAAACGAGGACCCCCAGCCUUUGGGUACACAGAGUACGGCCUCAUCGUCUUCUGAACUGGUGCCAUUAUUCCCCGGAGGAGAACCGAUCCUGACGGAAAUUGAAAAAAGAAACGUGUUUAAGAAGGGCACAACAAAGGAGGCCCUCCUAAACGCCCUUCUAGAUGCUGUCUUUGGGUUAAAGACUCUGGCACUUGGGAACGCUUGCGGGGCAAGAGUUGCUGUGAACAAGGGAGAGGAGGGAGGUCAUGAGAAGCUCGACCCGAAAAAGUUAAACCAAAUAAAAGAAUGUGUCUUGCGAAGAUUUAAAACCCAGGACGACCAAAAAUGUUUCUCUCCCAAGGAUUUCAACCGAAAAAUAAAUCAGAAAUGUGGCACGGCCCGCAGAUCCCUAAAAACCAAACAAAAUGUUGAUACUUAAGGAACAAAAUAUUUGGCAGGUAAGGUCUUAUUUUUAAAGGCCAGUUCUGGUGAAAGUACUUUACGAAAGCAGGAAAAUCAAAAGAGCAGAAUGGUGAAAGAUUUUGUUUUAAAAUCAAACAAUGAAUAAGUAAUUUAAGACUAUGUAUCUGAAAAGCAUUUUUGUCAUCAGAUUUUAAUCUUAAUUGUUGUAAACUGUAAUAUGUUUUGUAUUCACUUACAAUUUUAUCCAACGUUUUUACAUCAAUUAUGAAAAGGUUAUCUUUUAUUUGUUGCACAUGUAUAUUUCCAUGAUAUGAAUAUUUUUUUCUCUAAACAAGAUGGCACCCACAAAGAACAGAAGAUGUUUUGUUACCAAAAUGCUAUUAAAUGGUUAUAAAUUAACAUUUGGUAAAAUCAUUAUCUUUGGGGAACAGUUUCACAAAUUUUCUCCACUUCAAGUUCUAUGUAUCCAAUUUGUGGCACCAGACUUGCCAAUACCUUUCAUUUUCUUUCAUUUUUGAGAGAGAAAAAAAACAACACACAAACAUUUUGAGAUAUCAAAAGCUGUGAAUAAUUUUUGGUCAAUGUUUUCAUGUACUUUUCGUUAUAGAGAUAGAUAUAGGAGAAUAGUUGAUGAAGUAUUCAGAAGUCUCACAGUCAAGU